AUGCAGUUUAUGCUGGGGGUUUUUUUGCACCUUGGGUUGCUCGGUUACACGAAAGCCCAAGAUGAAUGCAAAAAGGGCUCCUGUCACCCCACCACCGGUGAUCUCCUGGUGGGUCGCAGCGCACAGCUCACGGCUUCUUCUACCUGUGGGCUGGAUGGAGCCCAGAAAUACUGCAUUCUCAGCUACCUCGAGGGGGAGCAGAAAUGCUUCAUCUGCGACUCGAGAUUCCCAUACGACCCAUACACCCAAUCCCACAGCCACACCAUUGAGAACAUAAUUACAAGUUUUGAACCAGAGAGAGAAAAGAAAUGGUGGCAAUCUGAAAAUGGUCUUGACCAUGUCAGCAUCAGAUUGGACCUAGAGGCAUUAUUUCAGUUCAGCCACCUCAUUCUGACCUUCAAGACUUUUCGGCCUGCUGCGAUGUUAGUUGAACGCUCUGCAGACUAUGGACACACCUGGAAAGUACUCAAAUAUUUUGCAAAAGACUGUGCUGCUUCCUUUCCUAAUAUCACAUCGGGCCAGGCCCAGGGAGUGGGAGACCUUGUUUGUGACUCCAAAUAUUCGGAUAUUGAACCCUCCACUGGUGGCGAGGUCGUUUUAAAAGUUCUGGAUCCCAGCUUUGAAAUAGAAAACCCUUACAGCCCCUACAUCCAGGACCUUGUGACAUUAACAAACCUGAGGAUAAACUUCACCAAACUCCAUACCCUGGGGGAUACUUUGCUGGGAAGGAGGGAAAAGGAGUCCCUUGAUAACUACUACUAUGCUCUGUAUACGAUGGUGGUGCGGGGCAGAUGUUUUUGUAACGGCCACGCCAGCGAGUGCGGCCCUGUGCAGAAGGUGCGGGGAGACGCGUUCGGCCCCCCCGGAAUGGUUCACGGUCGCUGCAUCUGUCAGCACCAUACAGACGGCCCGAACUGUGAGAGGUGCAGGGACUUCUUCUACGACGCUCCGUGGAGGCCAGGAGCAGGCCACCAGGACAGCACGUGCAGAGCUUGUCGCUGCAACAGCCACGCUGACCGCUGUCACUUCGACAUAACGGCGUACGUGCGGAGCGGCGGCCGCAGCGGGGGCGUGUGCGAGGACUGCCGCCACCACACCGAGGGGCAGCACUGUGACCGCUGCAGGCCCCUCUUCUACAGGGACGCGCUCAAGGCCAUGUCCGAUCCUCACGCGUGCAUCCCUUGUGAAUGUGACCCAGAUGGGACUUUAUCGGGUGGCAUGUGUGUGAGCCACUCUGAUCCUGCUUUGGGGACUGUGGCCGGCCAGUGCUUGUGCAAGGAGAACGUGGAAGGAGCCAAGUGCGAUCAGUGCAAGCCCAACCACCACGGGCUGAGCGCCGCAGACCCCGCGGGCUGUCAGCCCUGUGACUGUAACCCCUGGGGGAGUCUGCCCCUCUCAGCCUGCGAUGUGGACACGGGGCGCUGUUUGUGCCAGCCAUUCGCCACGGGACCACACUGUGAAGAGUGCACCGCUGGAUACUGGGGACUGAAAGAUCACCUCCAUGGCUGUUCUCCCUGCGACUGUGAUAUUGGAGGUGCUUAUUCCAAUAUGUGCUCACCCAAGGAUGGGCAGUGUGAAUGCCGCCUGCACAUCACGGGCCGCCGCUGCACUGAGCCAGCCCCUGGCUACUUCUUUGCUCCUUUGAAGAAGGAAGCCACCCCAUUGCAAGGACUUGCGCCUUUGGGCUCAGUGACUUUUGGCCAGGUGCCUGCCCUUCACGUUGUUUUCCGAGAACCGGUUCCUGGGACCCUUGUUGCGUGGACUGGACCUGGAUUUGCCAGGGUUCUCCCUGGGGCUGGCUUGAGAUUUGCCGUCAACAACAUUUCCUUUCCCAUGAACUUCACCAUUGCCCUUCGCUACGAAAUUCAGCCCGCAGCCGAUUGGACUGUCCAGGUCCUGGCUAACCCCCGUGGAGGGAGUGAGCACUGUCCGCGCGAGAGUCCAUGGCCACGGCCUCCGUCUUUCCCUUUACCAGCGGCUUCCAGAAUCGUGCUGCUUCCCACACCCAUCUGUUUAGAACCAGAUGUACAAUAUUUCAUAGAUGUCUAUUUUUCCCAGCCUUUGGAAGGAGGGUCCCACGCUUAUUCGCACAUCCUGGUUGAUUCGCUUGGUCUGAUUCCCCAAAUCAAUUCAUUGGAGAACUUCUGCAGCAAGCAGGAUUUAGAUGAGUAUCAGCUGCACAACUGUGUUGAAAUUGCCUCGAAGGCAGGACCUCAGGUGCUCCCCGGGGUGUGUGAGAGGCUGAUAGUCAGCAUGUCCGCCAGGCUACACGAUGGGGCAGUAGCCUGCAAGUGUCACCCUCAGGGCUCGGGGGGGCCCAGCUGUAGCCGACUUGGGGGCCAGUGCCAGUGCAAGCCUCACGUGGCCGGGCGCUGCUGUGACAGGUGCUCACCAGGAAGCUACGGUUUGGGACAUCAUGGCUGUCACCAAUGUCACUGUCACCCUCAAGGCUCAAAGAGCCCCAUAUGUGACCAAAUAACGGGACAGUGCUCCUGCCAGGGGGAGGUGGCCGGCCGCCGUUGUGAUCGGUGCCUGCAAGGCUACUUUGGAUUCCCCAGCUGCCGCCCUUGCCUUUGUAAUGGGUUCACCGAACUUUGUGAUCCAGAGACAGGCUUGUGUUUCAAUUGCGGGGGUUUUACAACUGGAAGACACUGUGAAAGAUGCAUCGACGGUUACUAUGGGAAUCCUCCUUCAGGACGGUCCUGCCGCCCUUGCCGAUGUCCAGACGUUCCCUCAAGUAGCCAAUAUUUUGCCCAUGCCUGUUAUCAGCAUCCUUGGAGCUCAGAUGUGAUCUGCAAUUGUCUUCAAGGUUAUGCAGGUAAGCAGUGUGGAGAAUGCUCCGCGGGUUUCUACGGAAAUCCCAGAAUUUUGGGAGCGUCUUGCCAGCCAUGUGCCUGCAACAAGAACACGGAUGUGACGGACCCCGAGUCCUGCAGCCGGCUGACAGGGGAGUGCCUGAAGUGUUUGCACAACACACAGGGGCCCCACUGCCAGUUCUGCAAACCGGGUUACUUUGGAUCGGCCGUCAAUCAGACCUGCAGGAGGUGCUCCUGCCAUCCUUCCGGGGUGAAUCCUGCUGAGUGUCCCCCUGGACGGGGAGCUUGCCUCUGUGACCCUGACACUGGAACAUGCCCUUGUCUGCCCAAUGUCACGGGCCAGGCCUGUGACCGUUGUGCAGACGGAUACUGGAACCUGGUCCCCGGCAGAGGAUGCCAGCCAUGUGACUGUGAGCCCCGGACCUCUCACGGCAGCCACUGUGACCAGCUUACAGGCCAGUGUCUGUGUAAAUUCGGCUAUGAUGGGAAACACUGCAGAGGGUGCAAGGAAAAUUAUUACGGUGAUCCACUGGGGCGAUGCAUUCCAUGUGACUGCAACAGGGAAGGUGCCCAGAAGCCCCCCUGUGACCAGGACACGGGCAUGUGCCGCUGCCGGGAGGGGGUGAGCGGCCCGAGAUGCGAUCGCUGCGCCCGGGGUCACGGCCAGGAAUUCCCUGCCUGUCUGCGGUGUCACGGCUGCUUUGAUCGCUGGGACCACACAGUGUCUGCCCUCUCCAAAGCCGUGCAAGGGUUAAUGAAGCUGGCUGCUGACACGCAAGAUAAAAGAGGGCCCGUGCUGGUCUGCAAGGCCAACUUCAAAGGCCUCAGAGAGAACAUGUCUGAAAUAGAAAGGAUUCUGAAACAUCCUGUUUUCUCAUCGGGGGAAUUCUUAACCGUCAAGGAUUAUCAGGACUCUGUUUGGGAACAAAUCAUGCAGCUAAGUGUGCAACUGAAAGAAGUGCAUGAGUUUCCAGGUCUGAAAGAAAGGAUAGGAGGAAUGGGGAAUGAAGCAGACCUCUUACGUGAAGAUCUUCAGCGAGAAAUCAAUUUGCGCUUCCGCCCCCGUAAUGCAAGCAUCAUGGAUUACUCAGAGAACAUCAAGAAGCAUUAUCAGAGAUCAUCAUCUGCUGAAAAGAAAAGUAGCGAAACCACUUCUAUCAUAAAAAACUCUGAAAAAAACAGGAAUGACUUACUUACCAUCUUUGAUACCCUAACCUCAAAACAAAACUUGUCACUGGAAAAAUUAAAGCAAAUUACAGUACCAGAUAUCCAAAUACUGAACGAAAAGGUAUGUGGAGAACCAGGGGACAUGCCGUGCGUGCUCUCGUCCUGUGAUGGCCUCAGCUGUCGUGGCUCCCUGCCCCUCUCGAGCGAUGCCCUCCAGCAAGCUCAGGAAGCAGAGUUUGUGAUUCAUAAUUUGAGCGACCAGGUUCAGGGUUGGAAGCUCCAGCUCAAAAAUGUAAGUAAACUGGCAGAAGUCUCCAAAAACAAUGCCUUACAGCUAAGUGAGAAACUGAGGAAUAUGAAAAAUCAAAGUGAAUCUGAAGAAGAGAAGAUGAGUCUUUUAAUCAAAAAGCUGAAAAUGUUUUUGUCAGAGGAAAACGUGCCUCCAGAGGACAUAGAGAAGGUUGCAAAUCGUGUACUUGACAUCCACCUACCAAUGACAUCACCGAAUUUAACCCAUGAACUUGACAAAAUACGGAAGCUGAUGCAGCUCUAUGAGGACUAUGGAACAGAUGAGGACAGGCUAUGUAAAGCAGCAGAGGAAGCCCAAAAGGUUUUGGUGAAGGCAAAAGAUGCUGAAAAAGCAGCAAAUGUUCUAUUAAAUCCUGACAAAAUGCUGAAUAAAUGGCAACGAGUUCAAGUCACCCGAGGACGGGUAAAUUCUACCAUCACACAGCUGACGGCAGAGAUAACAAAAAUUAAAAAGAAUGUACUGCAGGCUGAAAAUGAAGCCAAGGACACUAAGAAUGAGCUGGACUUAGCAAAGCAGCGGUCAGUGCUGGAGGACGGGCUUUCCCGGCUGCAGACCAAGUUGCAAAGGAAUCGAGAGCAAGCCACCCGUGUGACAGCUCAGGCCACAUUGGCCCAACGCCAGGCUGGGGGCCUUGAGCAGGCGUUUGCAGAGCUGAAAAACCAAUAUGCUGUUCUUCAACAUAAGACCAGCGCUACAGGACCGACAAAGGUGACAUUAGAAAAAGUGGAGCAGCUAAAAGAUGUGGCAGAAAAACUGGCCAUAGAUACAGAGGACAAGAUAAGAAGAAUAGCAGAUUUAGAAAAGAAAAUACAAGAUCUGAAUCUGAGUAGACAAGAAAAAGCUGACCAACUGAAACAAUUGGAAGAUCAAGUUGUUGCCAUUAAAAGCGAGAUUGAUGAGCAAGAAAAUAAAUCUGCUACUUGCUAUACUUAGGAAGAGGUAAAGUGCAAAGUCACCCAUGCCUUCUUUUCUGACGAGGAAGCCUGAGGAGCUGUGCUGAACUUGGGAAACAGAAAUGGUCAGCACCACCUCCUCCGCCUCCAGAGCUCACUCCUAGCCAAAGAUCUGAGCUGGGCCAAGGAAAUGCUGUUCCACGUGGAAUAGAAAGGGGGAAGUAGAGACAUCGUCUCUCGCUUCAGAAACCUUUCCUCUUGCCUUCCUUUCCCUUUCCCAUAAAAAAAAAGUGUUACAUAUGGU